CGGUCCGAGCCGAGCCGAGCCGAGCCGAGCCGGCGGCGCUGCCUGCCCGGCGCGGCGAUGUCGUCCGGCGGCAGCCUGGGCGCCCUGCAGCGGCUGGUGGAGCAGCUGAAGCUGGAGGCGGCGGUGGAGCGGAUCAAGGUCUCUCAGGCAGCUACAGAACUCCAGCAGUACUGCAUGCAAAAUGCCUGCAAAGAUGCCUUGCUUGUUGGAGUUCCUGCAGGGAGCAAUCCCUUUCGAGAACCCAGAUCCUGUGCUCUCCUCUGAAAUCAGGGAAGGUCAUCAGAGAGCUGCCUUCAAGGAUGACAUGAAUAACAACUGCCUUCCCUUUCCAAGGAAAGACUUGCUUUUGUGUGGCUAAAAUGAUCUACUAAUAAUUUUAUCUAUUUGUUCUUGUGCAUCUGUACUUCACUAGGCCACUCACUAAUGUUUGUGAAGUUUUUACUAUAAUUAGUAUUCUUUUCAUAAUUGUCACUAUUGUUACUACACUAUACUAACUGCACAAAUAUCUUUGACAUGUUUACAUUUUAGAGAAGAAAAGCACAUGAAUCUUCACCAAAUUACUAAUUUCUAUCUUGGUACGUUGUUAUGCUUGAAUGAAAGAUUUUCUGCCUACACAAAUUACAUCAUUUUGGAAAGUAAAAAUACUUGUAUUUUCCAAAGUAAAAUAUCCUUAAAAUGAACUGUUAAAAUACAAAAAUAAUUGCUGUUUGUAGUAAGAUAUUGUUCUUGAAUGGAACUUUUUUUUUAAUUGACAAACGUUGGAAUCAGCUACACUAUUUUUCAAGUGCAUUUAAGUUUACAAAGGAGACAUACUGACUGGCACAAAAUGUAGCACAGGCUUCAUUCUUAAGGCAUGUUUCUUACAAAACUUCCAGUGGGUUUAAUACUUCUCCUAAUUUGUAUUCAUAAGGAUACUGCCUUGGUGGAAAAUCCUUGACAAAUGUUUAAAAUGUGGCCAGACACUAAAACCACAUGAACGCAAAGGUAUUUGCAUGCAUAUGUGUCAAGGUUUGAAAUACAUAUAAAUUACAAAGUUCUGCAAAUAAAAUGUGCUUGGUUAUGCGCCUUCUUUUUUUUUUACAGAGCACUUUUACAAGGAAAACAUUAAUUUUUUUACUAUUUUUUUUCGGUUUGUUUACUAUCCAUUGUUUGUAUUAAUCUAGAAGUUUGGAAAUAAAACUCCUUUCCCUAC